AUGAGUUCGAGAAGCAAAGCCUGGUUAGUGGCAGCGAGCAUUGGCGCAGUUGAGGCCAUGAAGGACCAAUUGGGCGUCUGCAGAUGGAAUUACAGUCUGAGAUUACUGCAGCAACAUGCCAAGAACAAUGUUCGGACGUUUUCUCAGACGACGAAGAUCUCCGGGCAAACUUCUGGUGUGGUUUCGAAUAAAAUGAAGUCGGAGCAGUCUGAGGAGUCUCUUAGAAAAGUCAUGUACUUGAGCUGCUGGGGUCCCAAUUAG